CUCACGUUAUAUGCCUCUGUGAACGUGUGUAUAUAUAUGUGUGAGCUGUAAUUGUGGGGUACCCGAGAGUGGGGUACCAGCCACAUAAAGUCUAUCUCUCCAGUGAAACUUGUGUUUAUAGUGCUAACGCAGAGAUCGACAGCAGCAACCAUCACAAAGAUGCAAUCCUUGACUUGGUGUUUAGUACUGGCGGGAUGCCUCGCUUUUGCUCAGGCUCAUACGUAUCAUAUGGGUGCUUGUCCCAUUGUGGAACCCAUGCAGGGUUUUCAGAUGAGCAGAUUUCUAGACUUGUGGUAUGUUAUCCAGAAAACGUCGACGGGUAGCAAGUGCAUCACUUAUAAUUACACGCGAGGAGAGGAACCGGGCGAGUACGUGCUAACACAGGACUCGGAUCAUCUGAUCUUAGGUCUUACGCCAUUGAAGCAUGAGUAUCAUUAUACUGGCCAGCUGACUGUACCCGAACCAAGCACUCCGGGACGUAUGGAAGUCCGUUUCCCUCUUAAUGUGGCCGGAAGUGCCUCUCAUGUGGUAUUCAUGACGGAUUACGAUACUUACGCCGGCAUCUUCACGUGUCAGAAGCUGGCGUUUGCUCAUCGACAGAGUGCGACGAUCCUCUCGAGGACCAGGACGCUGGAUCAGCAGCAGGUGGACAGGAUACGUCAGCGACUGAGCCAGUACGGCGUCGAUCCUUACGAUUUGAGUAUCGUCUCACAGUCUGGUUGUGCGCAAGGCAACAAUUCUUUAGACAUCAACAUCGACCCUAAUACCUUCACUUCUGAAAACCUUGGCAACGUGGUGCGCAAAGCGGGUGAAAAGAUCAGCGACGGCGCCAAGUGGAUCGCUGAAGCGGGAAGCAGUGUCUAUCACAAAAUAGCCGGGAGUGAAGAGAGUGAAACACCAUCAUCGACGGAGCGUAACAGCCGCGUUACGAUAGGAAAUAACGGCGAAAGAUUGGAAACCAACGAGGUGGAGUGGAUUCCCUAAAAAUCACAGCGAACUCGUUUUAUUCGCGAUCUCGAUGUGAUCUGAUAUUUAUAUUAUCCGUUUGAUCUAUUCAAAUCUAUUAAGAUCUAUUAAGAAUGAUUUAUUAAGAUUGAUCAUUUUAAUGCAUGUUUAAUUUUCUGCCAUUUUAUUUGACGAUAUAUAACGAAUUUAAAAUGAAGUUGCGACGGUAUCAGCAUUGGUUGACUCAUUAAUCUACGUCAUGGAUGAUUAGAAAUAAUGUCAUGAGUUUUUUUAAUAGUAUGUACGUUAAAUCUUUACAUUCAAUAAAACUUUCAAACAAGAG